CUACGUAUCAGUUCUAUCUAUUUAAGCCGCCACUGCCAAGCUUUCUAGGAACAAUUUCUUACCUCAGUGCCGUUUCCCGUCUUGUUCCGGUGUUGCUGCCUGCCAUUGCCCGGAGCUUGCGUCGAUCGUGAAGAUCAGCUGCCAGAAAUGGAUCCUACCAAAAAGAGCUCAUCCGCCGUCUGCCACGUGGUGGCGAUGCCAUAUCCCGGUCGAGGCCAUAUCAACCCCAUGAUGAACCUUUGCAAGCAACUAGUUUUGAAAAGCCCAUCCAUCCUCGUCACCUUCGUCGUCACCGAGGAGUGGCUCGGCUUCAUCGGCGAAGAACCUAAGCCGGCUAACAUACGAUACGCCACGAUACCCAACGUCAUACCCUCCGAGCAUGGUCGUGCUAAAGAUUUUCCCCGCUUCCUUCAGGCCGUCAAUACGAAGAUGGAAGCGCCCUUUGAGGAGCUGCUGGACCGGCUUGAGCAUCCGGUGAGUGCCAUAGUGGCCGAUACUUACGUGAUUUGGGUCGUCAGAGUGGGGAACCGGAGGAAUAUCCCUGUGGCGUCAUUAAUGACCAUGUCCGCGACGGUGUUCUCGGUGCUUCACCAUUUCGAGCUCCUAGUGCAGAACGGGCAUUUCCCGGUUGAACUGUCAGAACGGGGAGACGAGCUUGUUGACUACAUCCCCGGAGUCCCUACAACACGCCUUGCAGAUCUUCCUACCUUUUUCUCUGGAGAUGGGCUGAUAAUCUUGCCUCUUACCCGGGAUUGUAUUUUGUCGGUGCCCAAAGCGCAGUAUCUACUAUUCACUUCUGUCCAAGAGCUUGAAGCUCAAGUCAUUGAUACUUUAAGAGCAAAACUUUCAAUCCCCGUCUACCCAAUUGGCCCUUCCAUUCCCUACUUAGAACUUCAAGACAAUGCCUCCGGCUCCGAUGGCAACAUCAAUGGUGUAAACUAUUUCCAUUGGCUGGAUUCUCAACCUUUUCAUUCUGUCUUGUACAUCUCAUUUGGAAGUUUCCACUCUAUGUCAGAAGCUCAAAUGGAUGAAAUUGUUGGUGGGGUGAGGGACAGUGGUAUCAGGUGCUUGUGGGUGUCCAGGGGAAACACUGCUAGGUUUAAAGAUGGUUGUGGUGAUAUGGGGUUCGUGGUACCCUGGUGUGACCAAUUGAAGGUUUUGUGCCACUCCUCCAUAGGAGGGUUUUGGACACACUGUGGAUGGAAUUCCACAUUAGAGGGUGUUUUUGCUGGCCUUCCAAUGCUUACUUCACCCAUAUUUUUUGAUCAAGUCCCAAACUGCAAACGAAUUGUGGAAGACUGGAAAAUUGGAUGGAGGAUUAAGAAAGAUGUGAAAUCUAAAAAUUUGGUGACAAGAGGAGAGAUUUCAGAUCUCCUGAAGAGGUUUAUGAAUCAAGAAAAAAAUGAGGGGCUCGAGCUGAGGAAACGAGCAAAAGAACUUCAAGAUGCCUGUCACAAAGCAAUUGCUAAAGGUGGAUCGACUGAAAAUAAUCUUCAAGCUUUUAUCAGGGACAUUACAAGAGGCCAAUCUUGAUGAUUUGUAUUACAAAUUGUAAUGUGUUGUAUUUUGCAAUUACUUGAUUUGUAGCAUAUGUUUGUAGUUUGAAUAA